UUCGUUGCCAAGCAAGCAGUCGGAAGCCUGCUUCAUUGAAUGCUGUGGGUCAUUAUUGAUAUCUUCGGAAGAUUCAGAGAUGGGUCAAACAGCGAGUAUUGAUGCUGCUCCUGCUCCUGCUGCUGUCAAAGAUGAAACCACCAAGUCAAAUUCCACUUCCCUGGAAACUGCCAUUGCUGAUGCUAUAGCUUAUGGAAAUGAAGAGACAGAGGUUUUCUAUGAGGCAAAAGCUAAGAAAGCUUUAGACUGCCCUUGCAUAGCUGACUUGCGAAGUGGUCCAUGUGGAAACCAGUUUUCAGAGGCUUUCCUUUGUUUUUCAAGAGCGCUUGCUGAAGAAAAGGGCUCGGACUGUGUACAUCCAUUUGUUGCUCUUCAUUGCAUCAAAGCCAAUCAAGCCCUCCCCGAAGACAUUCUAAAAGAAGAUGAAGUUGAAGAGACGGAACCAGCCCAAGAAUACAAGAUAAUCCCUCCCACAUGGUCUAAAGAAUCUCGAAACCCAAAAUCCAAGCUCUAA